AUGAAUGCUAAUGUGAUACACAAUGCCCCAAUACCACAAGGAGGAAAAGGGUGUAUCCAGUUUGUUACUCAAUAUCAGCAUUCUAGUGGCCAGAAGCGUGUCAGAGUUACCACCUUAGCCAGGAAUUGGGCUGAUGCUGCAACGCAGCUUAAUCAUAUAGCAGCAGGCUUUGACCAGGAGGCUGCAGCUGUUUUAAUGGCUAGACUGGCUGUCCAUAGGGCCAUCAAUGAGGAAGGGGGAGAUGUUCUGCGCUGGCUGGACCGCAUGCUCAUAAGACUCUGCCAGAAGUUUGGGGAGUACCAUAAGGAUAAUUCUGAGUCCUUUCGCUUGUCACAAGAGUUCUCGCUCUACCCGCAGUUCAUGUUCCAUCUACGGAGAUCCCAGUUCCUCCAGGUCUUCAACAACAGUCCAGAUGAGACCUCCUUCUACCGUCACAUGCUACUAAGGGAAGACCUGACACAGAGUCUUGUUAUGAUACAGCCUAUCCUCUACUCUUAUAGUUUCAAUGGGACAGAGCCUGUCCUCCUGGAUAGCAGCAGUAUUCUACCGGAUCGCAUCCUUCUCAUGGAUACCUUCUUCCAGCUUCUCAUCUACCAUGGCAAGACAAUAGCCUCCUGGUACAAGCAGGGAUACCAUGAACAGGAAGGACAUGAGAACUUUAGGCAUCUCCUACAAGCACCACAGGAUGAUGCCCAAGAAAUCCUUCAGAAUCGCUUCCCCAUGCCACGUUACAUCAUAUGCGAAGAGGGCAAGAGUCAGGCUCGAUUCCUUCUCAGCAAAGUCAACCCCUCACAGUCACAUAACUCAUAUGGAUGGGGACAGGAUGGAAGUGCUCCAGUGCUUACUGAUGAUGUCAGUUUACAGGUCUUCAUGGAUCAUCUCAAGAAACUUGCUGUAUCAACCACGUCUUAAACCUUGCAAUCACUCUAUCCAUAUUUGCCACCAGAGUAUAUCGUAUCUUAGUCAUAUCCUCAUAGCUUUGUGUCCUAAUUUUCUCUCGGCUUAUAUUUUGAAUGGGAUUAGUCCUGUCAACCGCUUCUCGAUUGUCAAGUUCAGUUCAUUUCUCAUUUGCUGUUUCAGUGUAAUGAUGCUUAGAUCUCUCCGAUGAUUGAAUAUGGGUGUAGUUGUGUGUGAUCAGAUGUAGCUGAUAUUGGCUGAGCAUAUGAGUGUAUUAUGAAUUUAAGAUCGAUCUGUCUUGAGAUUUCAUUAGGUGGAUUAUACUUGCUGACACCAGACUAAAAAGCAGUAAAAUAGCUGUAAUACAGCUUCAUUCUUGUUGGCUCAUCUAUUGCUGCUGUCCCUUUGAAAGAAUUACAGGCAUUCCUUUCCAUGUUUGAGCACCGUCAGAGCAGCAGUAUUUAAUUGCAAUCGUGAUAAAAAUAAAGGAUAAGAAUAUCUUUAGCUAUCAUAUAAUAUCUAAUGGUUAUGAACUGGAUUCCUUCUUGGAUGAUUGACAACAACGGUAAUAACGAUAUCACCUGUAAUAAUGAUAUCAAACUCCCCAUGAAAGCUGUUACUUGACACUUAAAAGCAACCAUAAAAGUCAAUAUUGGCAAAGUUGCUGAUUGACACCUUUAAUAUACACAUAAAUCCCAUAGAGUUGCAUUUUCAGUUGUAUGUUUGGAAUGGAAGGGAAAGACCAAGGUGAAGGAAAUGGCCGAGAGAGGGGAGUGAAACAUUCACAAACUUUGGUUCAAUGUUAGGAAAGUUGUGAUUUUUAAUUGAUCAGUCAAGCAAAUAGGAAAGUUGUGAUGUACAUUCAAGCUUAUCCUCCAUUUGCCUCUAGUAAUACAGGAAAAAAAAUUCUAGAAAUUUUUAAUUUCCCAUUAGUUUACUCCCCCAUCAUAUAUGCCCCAUGAAUGAAAGGAAUUGAAAUUUGAGCAAUUGCUUUAAAAAAAACAUUUUUUUUUUAACAAGAAAAUGAAAUCAUAUCUCACAGACUUGGUCAACUUUGUCAAUUUCUAUUCAAUUCAUUGCAUUUUCAAUAAUUCACCACAUGUUUCCUAUUUUUCAUCAGGAGAAUUUUUGUAUUGCCCCAUCCUCUAAAUUUCUUCUUUUGUUUAAACAAAAUACUUUGAGUUUGAUUCUCCCUUGAAUUUAGUUGUACAAUAACAGAGGUAGAUUGCCAUAUUCUCCAAUGGACUGGAAUCUGUGAGAUGAUCUAAUUGGUGUUGAUAUCUUUCCUCUGGAAGCAUUCAUGGCUUUACAGCUUAUAGAUAAUCGGCAGUUACCCUUAUUCUGAAAGCAAAAAAAUGUCUUGCCUAUUAAGAGAUGUUUUUGCUUGAAUUUUCCCAAAGUAUUGCAUUAAUGGGGGUCUAUUGGCUUGCCCAAUGCCGUAAAUUCAGUGUACUAUGACUUGUGUAUAACCCAAUGUCAAAGAGAUUUAUAACUAUGUAUAUAUCAUAUUGCUAGUAUUGAGCUAUUAUUUUGCAGCUCAGGUGAAGUUUUUGCAUGUACUGUCUUUAUUUCUAUUCUUGAGUGAAUAUGACGCACAAGCAGAGAAUAAUUAUCAAAGUUAUUAAAGUUUAAGAUAUUAAAGUUUAAGAUUAUUUUCUAAUUUUGUGGUCAAUGAAUCACAAGUCUGUCUUGUCUAUAUACCUUCAUUCAUUUUUCAAUUUUAAUUCAUUGAAUAUAAGGAAAAUAGGACAAGAAUUCUCUUACCCAUGUUCCAUCUCACUCCUCCUCUUAUCUAACUACCCACCCACCCUAUUUUCUCUCUCUUUUCCCAACACUCAAUAUUUUUCUCUUUCACCUUUCCUUCUUUCUUACUUUAUUUGUAUCUCUUUAAUUUUCUGUUGACUAUUCAAUUUCUACGCUUUUGUUAUUAUUAGAUUCCCCUAGUAAUAUCCUUGCAUCUCCAGAAACAAUAAAGAUAAUCAAUUUCCCUGCUAUUUUUGUUGUCUCUAACUUCAACAUGACUGCCAAUGCUACCCACAUGAUAUCCCCAGAUGUGAAAAUCAUCACAGAUAGUCAUAUGAUAAUUUCAUUAUAAGCAGAGCCAAUAUCAAUUUGAACAUGUGUGCCUUCUUUAGCUCUCUGAAUUUAAUAGGAUGAGAAAUCAUCCUGCUUUUGAUGAUCAGUAACAAUUAAAAAAGUUGUGUACUGACGAGGACAAAGGUCAAUGACUGGCAGUAGUGUUGCUUCUUUGUUGUAUUAAGAGAGAUGGAGGAAGGGAGAGAGAGAGAACAAAGCAGUUAUUGCAUUUCAAAAGAACAGGAAUAAAGUAUUUCGUCAUUGCCAUGACGAUUUGAUGAUAUUCAACAUACAUGUGAUAAUCUAGAUUCCUGUGAAUUGGAUACAUUUUAAGAUGUUAAAAUAUAUAUUUAUAUGUGUAUUUCAUAAAUUAUUAGAAAUGUUGUCAUGUGUCAAGCAUCAGAUUGAUGUCACAAUGACAACUCGAGUCACAAUCAAUGUUGAGGUCCAUUGAACCUUGUACAGGAACUCGAGUGAUGCAAGGCAUUUUGACUGUGACUUGUUACAACUCUGACAAUAUUAUGUUUACUGAAACUGCAUUCAUUUUUUAUAUCAUCUAACAGACAAAUGUUUUUGAUAAAGUAUUAUGUAUAAGAUAGUACAAGAAGCAGAACGUUUUUGAAAUAUGGAUGCGAGUCAUAAUGCAUAAUUGAGAUUGUACCUUGAUAGGCUAUUCCCUCCAUAAUUAUUUCUCCUAUCUCUAUUAAAAGCAUCAAGGUCACUAUCUGGAAUUAUGUUAUUUUUAGCUUUGUUUGAGAUGUUUUUCCACUAAUGUAAGGUAAACUUGUAUUGAAUUAUCAGACCAUCAUGGAAGCUUAAUAAACCAAUUAGUUGUUAAUGUGUGAAGCUCCAUUAACUGAUUAAUUGAUAAUGACAUAUUUCACAAGAAGCGUUCUUUGAUGGUGAAUGUUGUUGAUAUUGGUAGAUAUGUCUUUGCAUCCAUGUUGUGUUCUUUUCUCUUUUUAUUUAUAGCAAUUUCAUCAUUCCUGAUUUUGUUUCAUGUAAUCCAGUUCGCUUUGAAAAUGACUAAAUUAUUUGGAAAAUAAACUAGAUUAAUCACCUGUUCUGCCUAAAAUUGUAAUGUUAAGAAAUACUUAUUGUGAUUUUGAUUGUCCAAUGUAAUUCUUGUAUCAAUGUGAUGUAUUAGCAUUAAUUCCAAGAUUUAGAUAAACUAUUAAAUAGGUAUUGUACAGA